AAGAAGAAGAAGAAGACGAAGACCCGGAAGUAGUGUUGUGGCGUUAAUGUCGUUAUAGAUCGAAUUUGCUUCUUCAGACAAAAUAAACACACGUUCUCUUUUCAUUUAGUUUUUCCCCAGAUAUGACAAGUGCUCAAUGAGGUCUCACGUCAGCGAUGGCUGUAGUGUCGUGGAAGGAGAUCUGUCUUCUGAGUGGACUGGUGGUGGGAUGCUACUGGAACAGCCUAUUUUGUGGUUUUGUGUUCGAUGAUGUCUCUGCUAUUUUGGACAACAAAGAUCUUCGUCCCACCACACCUCUGAAGAAUCUCUUUCUCAAUGACUUCUGGGGUACACCUAUGUCAGAGGAGAGGAGCCAUAAGUCCUACAGGCCGCUCACUGUCCUUACCUUUCGUCUCAAUUACCUGUUCAGUGAGCUGAGCUCCUCGUCCUAUCACCUCCUCAAUGUGCUUCUUCAUGCUGUGGUGUGUGUCCUCUUCCUCCACUUCUGUCGUCUGCUCCUGGACCGAAGCACCAGCCUCAUAGCAGCCCUGCUGUUUGCAGUUCAUCCCAUUCACACAGAGGCUGUGACUGGUGUCGUCGGCAGGGCCGAGUUGCUAUCUUCCAUAUUCCUGUUGGCUGCUUUCCUGGCGUACACCAAAUCAAACGGCACAUAUCACUCCAUUGUGUGGACCCCCAUUAUUUUAACUGUGUUCCUGGUUGCCAUUGCCACGCUAUGCAAGGAGCAGGGGAUCACUGUCAUCGGGAUAUGCUGUAUUUAUGAGGUGUUUGUUGCCCAAGGGUUCACUCUGCCCUUGCUGUUUGACACCUUAAUUCAGGUGUUGAGAGGGAAAGACGGAUUCCCUUAUGCUGUUCUGCAGACCCUGCUGAAGCUCAUUGUUCUGAUCAUCAGCACACUCCUGCUGGUCAUCAUCAGGGUGCAGGUCAUUCAGUCCCAGCUGCCAGUGUUCACCAGGUUUGAUAAUCCAGCUGCCGUGAGCUCCACCCCAACCAGACAGCUGACCUUCAACUACCUCCUGCCAGUAAACGCCUGGCUGCUGCUCAACCCCUCUGAGCUGUGCUGUGACUGGACUAUGGGUACUAUUCCCCUAGUGGAGUCAUUGCUGGACCCGCGUAACCUGGCAACGCUGGUAUUUUAUGGUUUAUUGUGCCUCCUGGCCCAUCACAGCCUGUGGUACGCCCACAACUCUGCCAAGAUUGUUAUUAUGGCACUGUCUCUUAUCGUCCUCCCUUUCAUACCUGCAUCCAACCUGUUUUUCCCAGUGGGCUUUGUUGUGGCUGAAAGGGUCCUGUAUGUGCCCAGUAUGGGAUUCUGUGUUUUGGUGGCCCAUGGAAUCAAAAUGCUUUCCCAAAGAGGAUGCCUAAAGAAAAUGUCUUGGUUGCUCAUUGGCUUUCUUCUAACAACACUGGCUGUGAAGACGUUUAAUAGAAACUGGGACUGGGAGUCUGAAUACACACUUUUCACAUCUGCACUGAAAGUGAACAGGAACAAUGCCAAGCUCUGGAAUAAUGUCGGACAUGCUUUGGAGAAUCAGAACAAUUAUGAGAGAGCUCUGAGAUACUUCCUUCAGGCCACAAGAGUACAACCAGAUGACAUUGGAGCGCACAUGAAUGUUGGGAGGACCUACAAGAACCUAAAUAGGUCCAAGGAGGCAGAGGACGCAUAUCUCAUUGCAAAAUCACUUAUGCCACAGAUCAUUCCAGGGAAGAAGUAUGCUACGCGCGUAGCUCCCAACCAUCUGAACGUCUACAUUAACCUGGCUAAUCUGAUCCGGGCAAAUGACUCCCGUCUAGAGGAGGCUGACCAACUCUACAGACAAGCCAUCAGCAUGAGACCUGACUUCAAGCAGGCCUACAUCAGUCGAGGGGAGCUUCUGUUGAAAAUGAACAAGCCUAGUGAGGCAAAGGAUGCCUACCUACGAGCUUUGGAGCUGGACCAUACCAAUGCAGACCUCUGGUACAAUCUGGCUAUAGUCAAUAUCGAGAUGAAGGACCCAUCGGAGGCUCUGAGAAACUUCAAUCGGGCAUUGGACCUGAAUCCACGCCACAAACUGGCUCUCUUCAACUCGGCUCUUCUAAUGCAAGAAUCAGGAGAAGCAAAAUUUCGUCCGGAGGCCAACCGUCGCUUUCUUACCUACGUGAAAGAGGAGCCAAACGAUGCUAAUGGCUACUUCAACCUAGGAAUGCUAGCAAUGGAUGCUAACGAGAACGAAGAGGCAGAGCGCUGGAUGCGUGAGGCCAUUCGACUGCAAGCCGGCUUCCGCAGUGCUUUGUUUAACCUGGCGCUGCUCUAUUCCCAAUCACAACGUGAACUGGACGCUCUCCCAGUGCUGGAAGAACUUUUACAGUACCACCCUGAGCAUGUAAAAGGCCUGAUCCUCAAAGGCGACAUCCUUAUGAACCACCGCAAGGAUACACUUGGCGCUAAGGCCUGUUUCGAACAUAUUUUAAAUAUGGAUCCCAGCAACGUACAAGCCAAGCACAACCUUUGUGUUGUGUACUUCGAAGAACGGGAACUGCAGCGUGCAGAGCAUUGUCUAAUGGAGACACUAGCCAUGGCUCCGCAUGAAGAGUUUAUACGCCGCCACCUCGCCAUUGUGCGCAACAAAAUGGCCGCCAUGAGCGCCGCAGGACAACCUAUUACACCAUCAGGGGGCAGUGUGGCAGAUAGACCACAACAGCAACAACAACAGGACAAAAAAGAGGAGGAUGAAGGGUGGGGGGUUGCCUCGGGAGCAGGGGAGGAGGCCAGGAAAGAGAAGAAUUUGAGGAAAUCCUCCCCCACAGAAAUCACAAGCGCCCAGGGCCACGACCAGUCAAAGAAUUUGGAUAUGAGCCAGCCUGACAAGCGGACUAAGAGCAAAUCUACAAAAGAGAUUAAAGAUAUAGAAAAGAAAAGAGAGGCCGCCUUGAAGAGACUGGAGGAGAUUGAGCGCAUAUUAAGCAGUGAUUAACCUUGUUUAUCAACCACCACACUAUUUUUAUAGAACUAUUUAAAGCACGAGAACGAGACUCUUUCCUUUUAAAUUGAGCCCUAGUUUAUGCAUGUUUUUUCAGCGCUUUUGUUCAGUUAUGUUUUUUGUUUGAUUGUUUGAAGUUGUAUUUUGUGGGGUAUACCUCCUUUUAUCUGUGGCUUUAAUUAUGUAAAGCUGCAGAGAUGAAAAGAGAAACCAGGUGUGCGCUCACAAAAUGCGAAAAAAGGCACAAUAUUAGGUACCAUCUUUUAAACCCCUACUCCAAAAAUUGUGGAUGCACAAUUGCAUCUCAUUUUAACCAUAUUGUUUAUUUAUGAUUGUCUUUGUAUUGAAUCACUGGAUUAGUUUUACUCACUUUUUUGCGUAUUGAUUGUUUCCACUGACAGUUAUUAAAUGAAUAUUACCCAUAAUCACAAAGUAAAUGAAUAGCAUUAUAAGCCAGCCCGUUUUAAACCAGGGUCUCUGGGUGGUCCGUCAGAUGGCUGUUGGGUUUAAGCUCAGCAUGGCCCUCCCACUCGACUAAAUUUCCCUUUGCAUGACAUCAUCAAGCUUCCUCGUAUUCUCCGCUACUGUUUUUUUCCACAUGAUGUAUUAUCACUGUUGUUUUUUUUCCCAUCUCGAGACAGAAUGGUGUCAGUGUUUAUUGUUUAAUUAUAUAACUCUGACCUAAUCUGAAUAAGGGUCACCUCCUUCUCCAGCCUUUCUUGUCGAUGCUUUUCAGUGUUAUUUUUAUGUUUUGUUAUUUACUGCUUCAUGCAUUUUCUUCAGGCUACAUCCAAUGGCUUUCAUACUGUUGGGGCUCUCUUCUGAUUCGCUGAUUUCACGGAUUUGUCAUGCAGAAGCAGACUUUGCCAUUUGCUUUGGAUUUGGAUCCUGUUGCUGCCUUUCAUGCUGGCUCUUGUUCUGUCCACACAGAUCUGUACCACACAAAAAUGUAUUUUUAUAAGCAAAGGAUCGAUUACCUAAAAAUCAAUAUCUAUCAUCAUUUACUCACCCAUAUGUCAUUCAAACUUAUUGUAUUGUAAUUAUCAUAUUGGUUUCUUAAAAAAAAAAAAAAAAAAAAAAUAUUUUAUGCAGUAUGACAGCCUCAGUCACCAUUCACUUUAAUUCUAUGGAAAAAUAUUUAAUCAAAGUGAAUGGUGACAGGCUAACAUUCUGCCUAAAAUCUCCUUUUGUGUUCUACAAAAGAAGGAAAGUCAUAUGGGUUUGGGUGAAGUAAAUGAUUACAGAAUUUUCAUUUUUAUGUGAACUAUCCCUUUAAGCGAAAAAAACAACACAUUUAAAGGUAACAUCACGUAGCUUGAAAUUUUUGUGGGAUAUUUAAGAUUUAAUAUCAAGUCUGAGAUACUAAAUCAUGCUCUUUAUCCACUGACAUGUGUUACUUGAAUAUUUUAAUACAGUGUGCUGCAGAUGAUCUGCAAAUCUUUAUGCUGUGAUCGCAGUCUUGUUAGGUGUAAUGAUUCCUGUGAAGCUGAAAUAUCCAUGAACUUUAGCUGGAAUGUGUGAGGCUUAGUGGCAAGCCGUUGUUUUAUUGUUGACUUUGAAGGCGGUCCCUGAAAUAUCUCCUCUGACUUCUCAGAUAAUCUUCACAGGAAAAAGGUAUCUGAGAGUGAGCUAAUCUGUCAAGACUAAGUCUGCAAAGCCUUUAGGAGUUAUGCAUUUCCAUAUAUUCUACAACAUUAACGUUAUUAACACUAAUGUGUAUUCUUUGCUGUCUGUGUCUGGGGCACAUAUGAAAACUCGAUAACACAAUGUUGCGAUUAAACACUAGUUAAUAAAGUCACUUGAAGUAGCA